AUGGCCAAGUUUUGCCACAUCCACCAUAUAGCCCAGACAUUUCACUGUCUUUCCUGCACAGUGUUCAGAAGAACUUACAAAGAUGCGCUAUCAAGUCUAAGGUGUGGAAAAAACGGGGACCGAUUUGUGGACCACGUUACAGAAAAAGGAGAUGGCGGAGACUUAGACCUGGGUUCACAGUUCCCUCUUGUACAUAGAGUCGGGGUGUCACCGGUCAGACAAGCCGGCAAGGCCCAGAGGCAUGAUGUUCACAUCCUACCAUCUAGUAGUAGCGUCACCGGUCAGACAAGCCCCCAGGCCCAGAGACACAAUCGUAGCAGUUCCCCCUUGUACAUAGAGGGGGAGGGGUACAGGGAGCGAAUCAAGCUCAGUUGGAACAAUAUGGGCACGAAAGAAAGCCAUGUAGUGCCUAAGGGACACCAGACCAACCCUAGCAGAUUCAGGUCUCAUCCAUAUAAACAGAAUAUACAAAGGCAGAGCUUUAAAUCAGGAAAUCAUAGUUUACCCAUGACAAAUGUCAACAAUAAGGGUACAACAAACAAAUCAUCUACUUCAUCUGGUAGGCAAAGAGGUCAGUUUUCCAGUGACCAAGCUGAAUAUAGUGGACAAAGAGGUACCGUGGAUAGUCAUAGGGAUAGAGCAAAUACUGGUUGUAGUAAAUUAGCCGAUCACCACAGAAAUGGUGAAACUAUUGUUCAAGCUGGUGCCUCUGGUGGUGAGAUGUCAUCUACUAGUGGUCAGUAUGUUGGUCAGUAUGUUGGUCAGUAUGAUGGUGAGACAGGAGGGGUGGUUGACAGCCAAGAGGACCUGUUUGAGGCUACUGGACAAAUGCCUGAUUGUGGAGUCUUUUACACACCUGGAGCAGCAACCGCCCCAGCCAAUAAUCAAGGACUUGAAAAUCGUUUGAAGUCGGUGUCUGAAAUACCUAUGGAUUUCAGGAGAAUAUUUAAAUUCCAACAUUUUAAUGUGGUUCAGUCAAAGGUCUUUGAUGAUGUGAUGUAUAGCGACAGGUCCCUUGUGUUGUGUUCUCCGACGGGGUCUGGCAAAACUGCUGUGUUUGAGAUGGCCAUUGUCCGCUUACUCUCUGGACAGAACAACACAUACAUCAGUAGCUAUAAAAUAGUGUACAUGGCUCCAAUCAAAGCUUUAUGCAGUGAGCGAUAUGCGGACUGGCGUGAGAAGUUUGAGGCAUUUGGUCUCAAGGUGAUGGAACUGACUGGUGACACGGAUCUGGAAGACUUCUACGAACUGCAGCAAGUCAACAUCAUCCUUACCACUCCGGAAAAAUGGGACAGCAUGACAAGGAAAUGGAGAGAAAACAAGUCUGUCAUGCAGGCCAUAUGUCUCUUCUUAGUGGAUGAGAUCCAUGUGUUAAAUGACCGUACACGAGGAUCUGUGAUAGAAGCAGUAAUGAGCAGAAUGAAGACCAUUGAGGCUGCCCGGGAGAGAAACAACAUUCCGGACCAGUUUCCUUGCCUGAGAUUCCUGGCGGUGUCUGCUACCAUUACCAACAUCGAUGACAUAGCUGCCUGGCUUGGCAAGGAUGGGGUACCGGCAUUGCAUUACAAGAUGGAUGACAGUGUGCGGCCAGUGCGGCUAAGGAAGGUGGUGCUCGGUUACAACUUUGCCGAGGGUCGCCAGUCAGAGUUCCAGUUUGACAUCUCACUCUCCUACAAGCUCGCCUCAAUCAUUGCCACAUACAGUGAUAACAAACCAGCGCUUGUGUUCUGUGCCACCAGGAAGAGUGCCAUGCAGGGAGCUGAGAUAUUGGCCAAGAAUAUUCAGGGCUCACUCUUACACAGUCCUCAACACAGGCUUGACCUGCAAAACUUCUCGUUCAUUAUCAAGGAUGUCAAACUAAGGGACCUAGUGUGUAAGGGUAUAGGCUUCCACCAUGCAGGCAUGGAUGUUCAUGACAGGAAGAAUAUGGAGGACAUUUUUGCUAGAGGGGAACUACCUGUACUUGUUGCGACAAGCACUCUGGCCAUGGGUGUCAACCUGCCAGCCCACCUGGUGAUCGUUAAGUCAACCAUGUUCUACAACAUGGGGGUGCAUGAGGAAUACCCUGACUCUCAAGUUCUACAGAUGAUUGGGCGUGCGGGCAGGCCACAGUUUGACACCAGUGCCACCGCCGUCAUUAUUACUAAGAACCAGACUAAGAUGAAGUAUGAGAGUCUCUUGAAUGGUACCCAGCUGAUUGAGAGCAGUCUACACAAGAACCUUAUUGAGCACUUGAAUGCUGAAAUUGUCCUCGGAACCAUCUCCGAUAUAUCUGUGGCCCUGGAGUGGCUCAAAUACACAUUCCUUUACAUCCGGGUCAUGAAGAACCCCAGACACUAUGGAAUGCCGACAGGUUUGACAAGGAACUCCAUUGAAAAAAGACUACAGGACAUGUGUAUGAAGAGCCUGAAUGAGCUAGGUAGCCUACAGCUGAUCAACAUGAAUGAAGAAAACAUGGACAUCAAACCAACUGAGAGUGGGCGACUGGUGGCCAGGUACUGUGUAUCCUGCAAGACGGCAGAGCUGUUAUUAGGGGUCAAAGGAACAGAAACCAUCCAGGAACUGUUGACAAUACUGAGCCGCUGUGGGGAGUUCAUGGAUAUCAAACUAAGGACCAGUGAGAAAAAGACUCUCAACGCUCUCAAUAAGGACAAGAAUAUGGCCACCAUCAGAUACUCAUUGACUGGGAAAAUCAAGUCUGCAGACAUGAAAGUCAAUUGUCUGAUCCAGGCCAGCUUUGGGUGCCUGACAGUGCAGGACUUUGCUCUACAGCAGGACACAUCUAGAAUCUUCAGAGCUGGGGUCAGGAUCAGCAGAUGUCUGGUGGAGCUUUUAUGGCCAAGAGGAGAGUUUCGUAGCCUGCUCAGUGCAAUCCUGGUGUGCAAGUGUUUCCGGGCAAAACUGUGGCAUGACUCCAAGUUUGUCAGCAAACAACUUGAUGGAAUUGGUCCUGCAUUCUCCAAUGCUCUGGUCAACGCAGGCAUCACCAGCUUUGAAAAACUCGAGGAGACCAAUCCAAGAGAAAUAGAACUGAUUGUAAACAGACAUCCACCAUUUGGAAACCAAGUCAGAGAAUCAAUUGCUAAACUGCCAAAGUAUGAACUUACCAUAGAGCAGAUUGCUAGGUUCAGCCCACAGACAGCAGAGAUAGUGAUAACUAUAGAGCUGAGUAACAGAGAGGUUCUACAGACCCUCCCCAACACUGGCCAUACAUGUGUACUGAUGGUGGGAGACCUAGAUAACCAUGUGGUCUACAAGUGUAGAGUCAUGGAUGCCCUUUUGGUGAAGGAGGGAAGUUGGAGUAAAAAGUUUGAAGUGAGGCAGGCCAACAAGGGAGCAGAAUUGUCUAUACACUAUAUCAGUCAGGAGUGGGUUGGGCUGGAUAUCGAAUGUACCUAUACUCCAAGUUAUCUUGGUGGCAAAAGAAUUACAUCUAGCAAUUAUGUGGAGAGCACAGCCCCUAUAGUAAUAGAUGACAGCUCCCCAGUGUGUGGAAGGCAGCCAUGUCACCACUCCUGUCACAACAAACAGGCCUGUCAACAUGACUGCUGUAAAAUGGGGGUGGCCCCAGGUAGACAUUCAGGGGCAUCUGGGAAGUCCCGGCCCCCGAUACAAGCCGGACCUCAAGCUCAGUCCCACUCCACCCGUGGGGUCAACUCUCAUGUACAGAUGCUGGAAAAGUGGGUGGACAAGAUGCUGCCCACUCCUGGCCUGCAGAGGAACAGCCAGAAAACAAAGAAGAACACAAAUCUUCAGCAGACGGAUCUGUCACGGUUUGCAUAUGCUCCACACAAUAAUUACAGGAUGACAUCAGAAUCAAAAUACUAUGACCAGGAGCCAGGUUCAAGAAGAAAUCAUAUGGAUGGCUACUCAAGUAAUCAGAACCAACAGACCGAGAGAAUGGGAGAUUUCAAUGUCCUCGAUAGAAGGAGAAACACAGACUGGGCUGAGCUGAACUUGUACAUGCAACAUCGGCAGAACCAGACAGACACUCCACAAGUGGAAGGAGAUGAUGAGUCACUUCCUGACUUAGAGGCCCAGAAUGGUUAUUUAGCUGACCAAGGUCCUGUAUGGGGACAGGGGGUCAACACUGAAGACUGGAACAGGUCUCACUUAGGAACUGAAUGUGAAGAGCCGGAGAAUGUUCGUCCAAGAUUUGGUGAAGCUCUUAACUGGAAUGAGAGAAUGGAACAACAUCUUAGCUCUCUCCACAACAUUAAAAGUGGGAGAAACAAGCCAAAGAGAGCAAAACCCACUUCAAAUUCAACUCAGAGCAGUUACAACUAUUAUGGCCAAGUCAGCAGUAACAACCAGUUAACAACCAAAUCUGUUAAUGAAAGGCCAAACAUGCCAUACAAUGAAGUUGGGAAAUCGAAUGACUCCGUUGACAUCGAUGAAUUUUCCACUGAUGAAUCAUUUGAGGCGCUUGUCAGUGAUAAGUUGGAAUGUAAUCAGCAAGGUCUAAAUACCAAUACAAAUUUAUCCAGAGCAUUUGCUAAUCCAUGUAUUGUAAACCAGAACAGAUCUAGUAGUUAUAAGGGUAUCCUGAAACAAACACCCUCAGGAGGCAGCCAGUGUGGAAGGGAGUUAGGAGCUUACAACACCCCAGCUGUUACAAGUUUCUAUGAUCUCACAGAUGAGUGUGAUGAUUACAAUGCAACAAACAAAGGUUCAAAAUGGACUGACUAUUUCAGCUCUCAGUCGUCAACAGCAAGUGAAUGUCUAAACUCAAAAUAUCCAGCAAGGGCAAGUAAUAAUCAAAUUGUUAUGAAGAACUGUGAUGCUUACACACAACAGUGUGUGUCUUCAAAUGCCUUGGGCUUCUCUGAGGUGGUUUCUAGGGACGUCGGAUGUUCAUCCAAGGAAGCACCAAAGCACAACUAUGGACAGGUGCUUGCCUGGGUGGCGAACCAAGAUAAUAACCAGACUACUGGUGAAAAAUCUUCACCAUUUUCAAGGAAACCUCAAAAAACUUCAGACUGUGUUUACAGUGGGAACAAGGAAAAUGUGGUUCCAAGCAAACUUGCUGUUAAUACUACAGAAGACAAAAACAACAAGUCAUUUGCAUCGAUAUUUAACAACAAGCAAAACAGAUCUACGGAUUCUUUCCACAACAUAUUUGAAGGACUGUUCUAAGCAACGAUAUCUAACUUCCCAUUCCAACACUGGUUAUGAUGUGUGUUCUGAAAAAAACCCGUAUGAUCAGAAGUCCAUGGCAGUCCAGUCUCGGCACACGAACGAUUGUAAAUUGACUGUGAUAUUUAAUAUGUGAUAAUUUUUACAUCAAUAAUGAACAUUGUCUUUCAUUCAAGCGCUCCGUGAAACUACCUAACGAUUGUUAAUUGACUGUGAUAUUGAAUAUGUGAUAUUGUUUACAUCAAUGUUAUUUUAUGUUCUUUUACAUACAUGUAUAUCUUGUUCACGUUUAAGAUUGUUAUUUUACUUCCAUAUAAAUUGUUCUACAAUCAUCAUUGUAUUGUCCCAAAAAUAGUAUAAGCUAAUGUUAAUUUUUAUUCAAUUUCUGUUCAGUGUUACGGUUAUUUUCGUUCUCUAUUAUAACGUAUCUACUGCUAUAAAGUUUGUUGGUUAGAUUCUUUGUACAUUGUAGUAAAUAAAAGGAACUGGGUUUGAGUGAAGUUUUAUUCAUCUGCUAAUUGAUUUACAUGAAUGUAACUCAACUGUGCCUCUCAA